CAGGGCCAACAGCCGGAUAAAUAUUGUCAGAGGUGCAGAAAAUGGAGUUGGAAGCAUUGAAACUAAAAGAUCUUAAAACCAAAAAUUAUCUUUUCAAGCUAUUGAUCGAGCCAUUUUGGAGACAAUUCUUGGCAAAGAUACCUCCAAACAAAUUUGGGAUUCCAUGAGGAAAAAGUAUCAAGGAAAUGCAAAGGCGAAGCGGAUGCAGCUUCAAGCUCUUCGGACCGAAUUUGAGACUUUACGCAUGAAGUCAAGCGAAUCAGUCACUGAUUAUUUUGCAAGAACGAUGGCAAUCGCUAACAAGAUGAGGAUCCAUGGAGAAAAUUUGAAGGAUGUCACCAUCGUCGAGAAGAUUCUUCGAUCAAUGACAACAAAAUUUAAUUUUGUUGUAUGCUGUAUAGAAGAAUCGAAAGAUAUUGAUGCAAUUUCAAUUGAUGAGUUGCAGAGUUCUUUGUUGGUUCAUGAGCAAAAAAUUAACCAGCAAGAGAAAAAGGAGCAAGCACUAGUGGCUUCAGUAGAAAGUCACUCAAUAUGGAGAGGAGACAGAGGCAGAGGCAGAGGCAGAGGCAGAGGCAGAGGUAGAGGAAAUAAUGAUCGUGGCAAACAACAACAACAAUACCAGCACCAAGAAAAUCAAUUUCAAGAAAGAAGAAGAGGACGAGGAGGCCAUCAAUUAACAAAUCAAAGGCCAAAGUCAGCAGAUAAGUCCAAUGUUGAAUGCUACAUGUGA